CGGAGGGCGGGACUUCGGGGUGCGGGCUGGCAGGCUGCAGUCGGGGUGCUGCUGCCAUGGCCUCUCUGCUCGCCAAGGACGCCUACCUACAGGGACUGGCCAAGAAGAUUUGCGCGCAGCCGGGCCCCGAGCCGCGGGAGCGCAAGUGGGCGGGGAAACCCCAAGGCUCAGAAGCCGCCAGGCCGCCCAAAAAGAGGAGGAAGAAGUCGGCCAAGAAGUCGCGGGAGCCUCAGGGGAAGGCCCCAGGGAAGCGAGCCCCCGAGGCCGGGGUGCGGGAGCCAGCGGCCGCGGUUGGCCCGGCCACACCGUCUGACUCCGUCUUUGCCCUGGACGUCCUGCGAGAGCGGCUGCAUGAGAAGAUCCGGGAGGCGCGGGGCCAGGGGGCUGCCGCAGACCUGUCACCUGCCGCCUUGGAGAAGCGGAGACGCAGGCAGCAGGAGCGGGCGCGCAGGAAGAGGAAACGCGAGGAAUUGCGUGUGCGGGAGAAGGCCGCCAAGGCCGGGGAGGCUGAGGCUGCUGCCACGCCGACCCCCGAAGCCCCCUGCAAGCAGCCCCCGGAGCCGGCAGGGCUGAUCUUCAACAAGGUGGAGGUGAGUGAGGAGGAGCCGGUGAGCAGGGCCCAGCGCCGGCGCGAGAAGCAGCAGCGGGUCAAGGGGAACCUCACGCCCCUCACGGGCAGAAACUACCGGCAGCUGCUGGAGCGCCUGCGCGCACGCCAGGACCGGCUGGAGACGCUGCGGGAGCAGGACGCGGGCAAGGCGCAGGAGCUCCAGGCCAAGAUGCAGUGGACCAACCUGCUGUACAAGGCCGAGGGCGUGAGGAUCCGCGACGACGAGGGCCGGCUGCAGGAGGCCCUGAAGCGCAAGGAGCAGCGGCGGGCGCAGCGGCAGCGGCGCUGGGAGAAGCGGGCGGCGCACGUGGUGGAGAAGAUGCAGCAGCGCCAGGACAAGCGGCGGCAGAACCUGCGCAGGAAGAAGGCCGCCCGCGCCGAGCGGCGCCUGCACAAGGCCCGCAAGAAAGGCCGCAUCCUGCCCCAGGACCUGGAGCGGGCCGGCCUGGCCUGA